GGGAACUGAUCCGAAUGCCCAAAAUGGGCAAAACGAUCCACAAAUACGUUCACCUCUUUCCAAAACUGGAGCUUUCGGUCCAUUUGCAGCCCAUUACCCGCUCCACCCUGAAAGUGGAGCUCACCAUUGCCCCCGAUUUCCAGUGGGAUGAGAAGGUCCACGGCACAUCUGAAGCGUUCUGGAUCCUGGUGGAGGACGUGGACAGCGAAGUGAUCCUGCACCACGAGUACAAAAAAACCUGCUGAAAGCCAAAUACGCACAGGACGAGCACCUCGUCACCUUCUUCGUGCCGGUGUUUGAGCCGCUGCCCCCUCAGUACUUCAUCCGCGUGGUGUCCGACCGCUGGCUCUCCUGCGAGACCCAGCUGCCCGUCUCCUUCCGCCACCUGAUCCUGCCUGAGAAGUACCCUCCUCCCACCGAGCUGCUGGACCUGCAGCCGCUGCCCGUCUCAGCCCUGCGCAACAGCGCCUUCGAGAGCCUCUACCAGGAUAAGUUCCCUUUCUUCAACCCCAUCCAGACCCAGGUGUUCAACACGGUUUAUAACAGCGAUGACAACGUGUUUGUGGGUGCCCCCACGGGAAGCGGGAAGACCAUUUGUGCCGAGUUCGCCAUCCUGAGGAUGCUGCUGCAGAAUUCGGAGGGGCGCUGCGUCUACAUCACCCCCAUGGAGGCCCUGGCAGAGCAGGUCUUCAUGGACUGGUACGAGAAGUUCCAGGAGCGCCUCAAUAAAAAGGUGGUUUUGCUGACGGGGGAGACCAGCACCGACCUGAAGCUUCUGGGCAAAGGGAACAUCAUCAUCAGCACCCCAGAGAAGUGGGACAUCCUCUCACGGCGCUGGAAACAGCGCAAGAACGUCCAGAACGUCAACCUCUUCAUCGUGGACGAAGUGCAUCUCAUCGGGGGUGAAAACGGGCCGGUGCUGGAGGUGAUCUGCUCCCGCAUGCGCUACAUCUCCUCCCAAAUCGAGCGCCCCAUCCGCAUCGUGGCCCUCAGCUCCUCCCUGUCCAACGCCAAGGACGUGGCUCACUGGCUGGGCUGCAGCGCCACCUCCACCUUCAACUUCCACCCCAACGUCCGCCCCGUGCCCCUGGAGCUGCACAUUCAGGGUUUCAACAUCAGCCACACGCAGACGCGCCUGCUCUCCAUGGCCAAGCCCGUCUACCACGCCAUCAUGAAGCACUCGCCCAAAAAGCCCGUCAUCGUCUUCGUCCCGUCCCGCAAGCAGACGCGGCUCACGGCCAUCAACAUCCUCACCACCUGCGCCUCCGACGUCCAGAGGCAGAGGUUCCUGCACUGCGCAGAGAAGGACCUGGUCCCUUACCUGGACAAGCUGAACGACAACACCCUGAAGGAGACGCUGGUCAACGGCGUGGGCUACCUGCACGAGGGGCUGACGGCCAUGGAGCGGCGCGUGGUGGAGCAGCUCUUCAGCUCCGGCGCGGUCCAGGUGAUGGUUGCCUCCCGCAGCCUCUGCUGGGGGAUGAGCAUCGCCGCUCACCUGGUGAUCAUCAUGGACACGCAGUACUACAACGGCAAGAUCCACGCGUACGUGGAUUACCCCAUCUACGACGUCCUGCAGAUGGUGGGCCACGCCAACCGCCCGCUGCAGGACGACGAGGGCCGCUGCGUCAUCAUGUGCCAGGGCUCCAAAAAG